AGCAGAUCAACGACCGCAGAAAUACUGAAAGCAAUCGAGCAGAGGUUGCAGGCUACACGGAAAGACGAUGAAGACACCUCAGCAGGUGAGGAGAGAACAGUCUCGUUCUGAAUCCUUUUCUUAAACAAAUAGACCAAAAUUCAGUAACAAUUCGACAUUUGCCAUUCAUCGACUGCAGCUAUGGAAAAUUCAAAGGCUCCGGAAUUGUCAGUAUUUUGUGCCCAACAGAGGCUUCAUCGAGUCCCAUAGGCUAUGGGGCAGUUAUUGUAGGGAACAAUCGUCUCGGUUAGCUGGAUUGUCAGGAUUUUCCACGAUUCUGGGUAAAAAUAACAAUUUUUCUGGUCAGUCGUUGGUGAGAUUAGAUAAAAUUGACAGUUAAUCUUUGGAGUUGCAUCGUCUCAUCAGAACCACUUGAGGUAAUGUCUUUGCUGUAUAUGGAGUACCGACUUGGCAUGCGAACGUUGACGGUUAAGGACAUCAGCGGUCAUCGCCGGCGCGCACAAAUACUUGACAGAACUUUAGAGUGAGCAAUUAAAACAAACUUCUUUCCAACGCACCUCAACGUGAUUAAAUUUUAGGCAUAAUCUAUCCAUUGUGGCCAACGUGAAUUUAAUCGCUCCGGUUAUGCUCUGCCUUUUAGUCUUUCCACUUUGUCCUCGUAACAAAGUAGGUAUUUAUUUUGUUGGAAACACUGAAAGCGGAUUCAGGAUCUCCAUCAUGGUACUUUCUUGGUAACUUGGAUUCAUGAACAUUAGCUAUUGUUAUACACGCUUUUAAUAAGUCUGGGCGCCAUCUUGAAUUUUCAAUGAAUGACGUCAUUCGCAGAAAGAUCAUGCAGGUAGCCAAAAUGGCUACCAAAGAUGAAAUCUCUGUUGACGUUGAUUUUGCAGUGUGUUCAUAUAAAAAGGAAUGUUUUCACUUAAUAUAAAGAGGAAUACUUUCUUUCUACAAUGCCUUUAUGGGUAUGUUAUCGUAACUUUAAAGCUUUCGUGUAAAGAUAUUCCUGGAUCGAUGAUAUCGAGGGCAAACGAGAGCUGAUUUAAAUGCAAAAAAAAGUGCGUAAUCGUCGUGGCUUAUGUCAACAGACACGAGCUUAACUUCUUCCCAGGUAAUCUUUUUUAGCAAUGGUUUUGAUACUUUUUCAUUUUUUACGCGGGCCUUUAUUAAAAAAGCUUAAAACGAUUAAUUAUUACCGCUCGUAAGAGUUUAUCAGAUAUUAAAUAAAAGCUAAUUGAAAGGAUUUUUCAUGUUGCUAUUCUGAUCCUUUCAAAAUGUACGAUAAUUCUAUCUCGAUAAAAAGUUUAUGCUUUUCAUCAUAAGUUUUUUAUGUUAUUAUGUAUAGGUUUUAGGGUAAGAAAGAAGAUGGAUAAAAACGUUUAUACUCCAGUCGACCCUUGCACAGAAUAAUUUUUCACUCUGGGAAGGCGUAGCUGAGUAAUCCAGAAAGCUAUCAGCUCGAUUCCUGUUUAGAGGUGUAGCCACUAAAGAGAGCUGGAGCAGGGAUGCAUCAAUUCUUACAAAGCACUGUACUUACAUUUACAUUGUUGAACAAGCAACGAAAAACUCAAAAAACACCCUUGAAAGGGGAUACAAAUUUUUAUUUGAAAAUGACUGUCACGACGAUUCAGGCUUAUAUGGACAAUAAAUUCAUGUAGAGGGAAUCCGUUAAAUCACUGAGGAAGAAUGAAUUACCUCACAAUGUUAACAGUUGUGAUAAAUGCUCUUGUACAGCAGGAGGAAAUGGUAACCGUAAUCACAUGUUUACAUUAUAUAAGUGUUUGAAUUCACUGAAUUCCCAAGAACUGUAAUGUGCGCAAUUCAAAACAGUAACACAAACCAAGGACCUAGGGUACGAACCCUAAUUCAUAUAAUGUAUAGAAGGCAUAUAAUGUCAUCGGUCCUUAUUACAGGGAGAAAUGGGGGGUUUAAGGUGUCUCUUGUAUGCAUCCAGGCAACAUACUUCAGUGUCAUGACCACUAUUCCAAGGUGCCAAGACCUAGAGCUGUUGAUGGCUCCUUUCCUGAAUUCCCAAUUGACACUGACACACCAGCUUGAGUGGGAUUGCAAAUCCCCCUAUUUUCAGGAGGAGCAAUUUAUAAGUUGUUUAAAAAUUCCUAAUCCAUCCUUAAUUGAGAAUGAAAAGGUCAGAGCAAAAAUACGUUGUGGUUUCAAAGUAAAAGGUUCAGGUCAACUAGUUGUAAUUUGCACUUGUUUGCGAAUGGAAACUCAUCUCUCACUGCAAACUAGGUUUGUUCAAAAUAAUCUUGUGUCACAGAAUGAUGUUUUUAAUAAUAUUAAAUGGCAAAUUGGCCUUAAGCAGCAACUAAAUAUGCUGAGUACAUGAAAAAUACUGGUUUAGCAUAUAUAUUUAUAUCUACAUAUACAUUCAUAUUCAGGGCUUAGAGUGUGGUGUUGUCAUAUCAAGUACAAUGUCAUAGUUGGCUGCUUUACCAAACAGAAGAGUGAUAGAUAAUAAAUAUCAAGUUAUGGUUUAUUAGAAAUAAAAUGCUCUUUUACAUUAUGAAACUUGACACCUGAGAAGGCAAGUUCUGUCAACUUCAACUUCAACUUCAACUUCAACUUUAUUUCAUAAGACUAUUGGUUACAAUAGACUGGCCCGCAAAAUAGCAAUUGCUUAUCUAGGCGGACCAGUUAAAAGAAAAAUACAUUGAAAGGAAAAGGAAAGAAAAACUACAAUUUGAAGUUACAAUGAAUAAUAUUCUAUCACAGUUUUAUUUUAAUUACAUUAAAUCUGAACAAGCAAACAAACAAAUACUUUAAUACAGAAAUCACUAAACUAUUAAUCGAACUUUUUGAACUAUUAAGGGCGUCUCAAUAUAGUCAUCCUCUCUUUUUAAGAUAUCCGAAAGCAAUCUGUGAAGUACUUUCCUAAAUUUCUUUUUAGGAAGAUCUCUAAUAUGACAAGGCAUCUCAUUCCAAAGUUUUACACCAAAGCGAGACAAGGAGUUUUUGUGUAUUUCCAGCUUUUAGCUUUUGACGUGAAAGUUACCUGAACUAGAUGAUCUUGUAUAGUAAGAAUGAAUUGUUGAGGUUUUUUCAAAUAAAUUGAGCAGAUUUGUUGGCGAAUUGUUGUUGUUAAUAUCGUGCAUUAGAUUAGCCACAGUUUUAUAAUACAUAAAUGACACUGGUAAUAUGUCAGCGUCUUUGAAGGCGACAAGGUCGUCAUAUUUACUGGAGACGAAUUCAAGCGAAUGAGCACGUUCUGACGACAUUUUCUUCUCGGCGUCCGGCUUCGUCAACUCCGCUUUCUUUGACCAAAAUUCUUCGGAAAUUUUCUGGAGUUUUUCUUUCAAUUCAGCUAUCUCAUUUCGUAAAGAUUGAUUUUCCUUCCUCAGCUUUUCAUUCCCGGUCAUAAUUGGCAGAAGAAAAGACGCAAAUUCUAAUCUUAGCUCGGAGAGCUCUUAAACACACGUCCGACCAGUACAAGCACCGCACCAGUUCUGUUCCAGGGUUUUACUGUCACAUAGUUAAUGGUAAGCCUGAGCUCAAAAGGGUCCACCUAUUUCAGGGUCAUUUGGGUUGGGCAGGAUAAAAGUGGUGCUGUCUUCAAUAUUUUUUUAAAAAAAGACUGGUUAUAUCUCACUUAAUAUUUAGCAGUUUUUUACCUUCUACCUUUAGUGCUAAAAUUUCAGAAAAUCAGAAAUUUCAGCGUCGGAUUCGUGUAAGCUGUGUCGCUCAGCAUCAUUUGGCUCAACACACACCUUACUCCUGUGGUGUUUACCAUAUUUGGUUUCCUUCGAAUCAGAUUCCUGUUCAACUUUAUCUUAUUUUAGAUCUUAGGGAUAACGUAUGGCUUGUGUUCAGGGCAUUUAAACACCGAUCGAGGGGAGGCUGCACGUUUUCAAAAGCUAGCGACCACUAUUAUAAGACAAUACAAUACAACACUUCCGAAGUCAUCAUCCCCAAAAUGAAAAGAAGAGACGAUUGUAUGUUUCUGCCCCUAGCAAAAAAGCAAUAUUUGAGAGAUGAAUAUAGCGGUACGAAUUAGAACCCACACACAAAAAGACUAAGUUAGAGCCCUUUACGGUGGAGUACUCCUCCCUUUUAAUUCGCUGCAGCCGUGCUAGCUUUUAAUACAUGCUGAUCGCUUGGAAUCUUAUGUCACAUUUCUCAGUGUUGCGUUUGUUAUCGAACAUGAUAUCCCCGUAUGACUUGCAAAGACGAACCGCACAACUGCGAUUACUUUAGCCUGGGAAAAGGAUUCGCUGGUAUUUGUUAAUGUUUAUACAGGAAAAGAAUGGAAUAAAGCGAUUCAUAAUGGCCUGACUUUGCCUCUCGUCCUGACAUGGUACUGUCACGCGAGUCAAAAACUCAAAGAUGGCGGCUGAAGUCUUUCCGCGAAUGACGUCAUAAAUUAAAAAUUCAAGAUGGCGCCCAGACUUAUUAAAAGCGUGUAUAUUCCUAGACUUUCACUCAACUAAACAGGGACUGCCAUUGGUUGAUUCUCUCCGCUCGGAAUACAUUACAGCACGUGAUCAAAGCAUGGUGGAAAGUGGCGUGGCAGAAGGCGGGAAAAACAUUGCCAGUUUUCUUUUACGUGAUGAACACAUCAACACAAACAUGAAGCCUCAAGCUAAAAAGCGACGAUUUUGAAAGUUAUCCCAGCAGAGAAACAGCAGCUAGUGAGGAGGAGAAAGAUGCGGAUGAUAUAAGGAAAGUUCUUUGAAAAUCAUUCAUUCAG